AUGGCUGACAGCAUCCUAACCAAUCUGGUUCAGCAAUUGGUUGGUCUUGCUUUUGAAGAAUACAAAGUCUUAAAAGGUGUUGGUGAUCAACUCAAGUCUCUUGAGAAUGAGUUGAGAUUCAUGAAGAAAAUUUUGAGAAAUUCUGAGGGGAAACAGCAUGAGCAUCAAUUAGUGUGGGAAUUAGUGGAGCAAAUCAGAGAGGUUGCUUUUGAGGCCAAAGAUGUUAUCGAAACUUUCCUUCUCAAUUUCGCGAAGCAAAAGCUAAGGUCGACAUGUAAGAAAGUGAUCUAUGGCCCUGCGCACGCACUGAUGCUCCGAGAAGUGGCCAAACAGAUUGAUGGUAUCAAAACGAGAAUCAAUGAAAUUUAUGAUAAUAAAGAGAAAAAUGGGAUUGACUUAGGCGAUGGCAGUAUGAAUCCCUACUUUCAAGUGUCCCUUGAAAGGCGUAGAAGGGAGGUUGAUGAAGAAAUGGUGGGAUCCGUGGAUGUGGCUGAUAGCUUGUUGAAGCAGCUUACCGAAGGAUCAACUGGAUUGGAAAUCAUUUCUAUCGUAGGAAUGGGUGGUCUUGGGAAGACCACGAUUGCCAAGAAGCUGUACAACAACAGAAUCAUCAAAGACCACUUUAGGAGUUGGCAACUCUUUGAAAAAAAGGUGUUUGGAGGGGAUCCUUGCCCUCCGUAUCUCAAAUCUUUGGGAAACGAGAUUGUUAAGGCAUGCAAGCGAUUACCUUUGUCGAUUGUGGUGAUUGCGAGUAUGCUUGCAAGCCAAGAGAAGUCGGAAAGGAUAUGGGCAAGAACGCUUAAAGAUGUGAGUGUUCACUUGGGAAAAGAUGAUGCAUGUCUUGAAAUACUUGCUUUAAGUUACCAUAAUUUGCCUGUAGAGUUGAAGCCUUGCUUUCUCUACUUUGCAGCCUUCCCCGAAGAUUAUGAGAUGUCUGUUCGCAUCUAG